UACUGGACAAGGAACAAUACAGACACCAACAAUUUUAUCCACACCCUCGACAAUACAUCUCAGAAAAUGGUCCUGUGCAAUUUAACUAUGAAAGCUGCUUAACAGGUGACCAGGAAAAACUUGUGUUUAAAGCAAAAGCUGGUGACACUCCACUUGUUGUCAAGUUUACACAGAGAUAUAAUGCAGAUGCACAUCGCUUGUGUGCCAACAAUGGAUUUGCACCAAAGCUACUUUACAUUGGUGAGAAUGAAGUCAGAGGCUGGAAAAUAAUUGUAAUGGAACAUAUUGAUGGUCCAACACUUUAUAUGGCAAAACUUAAUCGAGAAUAUUAUGGUGCUCUUCUGGCUGAUAUUAGAGAGGCAGUCCAGAAACUACACGAGCAAGAUAUUGUCUUUGGUGAUCUUCGUGGGACGAACAUUAUAAUUAAUGAGGCUAGCAGGAAGCACUGUGCAAUGCUGGUGGACUUUGAUUGGGCUGGUAGCCAUCACAAGGAUUGCUAUCCAUAUGGAAUAAACCCAGAAAUCAAGUGGGCACCAGGAGUUGAAGGGG